CACCUUGCAAGUGUCUGAAGAAUUAGUCCUAUAUGUGGUGAUUGUCAAGAAUACAGGUCUUGGUAGUGCUAAGAAUAAGGAACAGGCUGUUCCCUUUCCUCCAACCCAACGGCUUACUUUGAAGGAAGUAUUUGAGAAUGGGAAGCCUAAAAUUGAUGUUUUGAAAAACCAUUUGGUGAAGGAAGGGCGACUGGAAGAGGAAGUAGCAUUAAAGAUAAUCAAUGAUGGGGCUGCCAUCCUGAGACAAGAGAAGACCAUGAUAGAAGUAGAGGCUCCAAUCACGGUUUGUGGUGACAUUCAUGGACAAUUCUUUGACCUGAUGAAGUUGUUUGAAGUUGGGGGAUCACCUAGUAACACGCGCUACCUCUUUCUGGGUGACUAUGUGGACAGAGGCUAUUUCAGUAUAGAGUGUGUGCUGUUUUUGUGGAGUUUAAAGAUUAAUCAUCCCAAAACAGUAUUUCUGCUUCGAGGAAAUCAUGAAUGUAGGCAUCUUACAGAAUAUUUCACCUUCAAACAAGAAUGUCGAAUUAAAUAUUCUGAAGAGGUAUAUGAUGCAUGUAUGGAGACAUUUGACUGUCUUCCUCUUGCUGCCCUCUUAAACCAGCAGUUUCUGUGUGUACAUGGAGGGAUGUCACCUGAAAUUACUAGUUUAGAUGACAUUAAGAAAUUAGACAGAUUUAAAGAACCUCCAGCCUUUGGGCCAGUGUGUGACCUGCUUUGGUCCGAUCCUUCAGAGGAUUAUGGCAAUGAAAAGACUUUGGAGCACUAUACCCACAACACUGUCCGAGGGUGCUCUUAUUUUUACAGUUACCCUGCAGUUUGUGAAUUUUUGCAGAACAAUAAUUUGUUAUCAAUAAUCAGAGCCCAUGAAGCCCAGGAUGCUGGGUAUCGAAUGUACAGGAAGAGCCAAACGACAGGCUUUCCAUCACUCAUUACAAUUUUCUCUGCCCCCAAUUACCUAGAUGUCUAUAAUAAUAAAGCUGCUGUGUUAAAAUAUGAAAACAAUGUCAUGAAUAUCAGGCAGUUUAACUGUUCUCCACACCCCUACUGGCUUCCAAACUUUAUGGAUGUUUUCACUUGGUCUUUGCCUUUUGUUGGGGAAAAAGUCACAGAGAUGCUGGUCAACAUUCUCAACAUCUGUUCUGACGAUGAAUUGAUCUCUGAUGAUGAAAUUGAAGGAGGCACUACAGUUCGAAAGGAGAUCAUCAAGAAUAAAAUCAGAGCCAUUGGGAAGAUGGCACGGGUCUUUUCAAUUCUGCGGGAAGAGAGUGAGAGUGUGCUGACUCUUAAGGGCCUGACUCCUACAGGGACACUCCCUCUAGGUGUCCUCUCAGGAGGAAAGCAGACUAUUGAGACAGCCACAGUAGAAGCGGUAGAGGCCCGGGAAGCCAUCAGAGGGUUUUCGCUUCAGCACAGGAUCCGGAGUUUUGAAGAAGCCCGAGGCCUGGACCGAAUUAACGAACGGAUGCCACCCCGAAAAGACAGCCAGUACCCUGAUGGGCCAGUGAAAUUGGUGGCUGCUGCACAACCCAAUGCUGCGCAUAGGAGUGAUAGGGGGAGAAGAGCCAAUAAUGACACAGAGCCCUGCUGUGGCACAGGUGGAUCCAAAACCUAAGAACGAAUUUUAUUUAUUUAUUAUUGGAAAACAAAACAAAACAACUUUAACAACUUAAACCUGGAGGUGCAUUCAUAGUUCACUCUGCAUUUAUGCUGUAAGAAAGGUGACCAUUUUAUAAAUUGUUUUUAAUUUAUGUUUAAUAUAUAUAUAAAAAAUACAUGUUUUCCUUUUUUCCCCCUAAUUUUUAGGAACUGAUCUGAUUGUCUGAUACAUAUGUGAAGUCUUGUGCUACAAAGGGGACCUUCCCCUAAUAAAAGGGCCUUGGAAACCUCCACCCUGGGUUUCUGACUUGAACUAGCCAGCCUUUUCUCUUGUUCUUUUGGAAGGUGAUAUCUUUCAUUUCAGACUAAUAAGACUUUUUCAAACACAAGAAGGUGUUUUUCUUUUCCCUUUCUAUGGGGUGCCAUUGAAAAGAUUGUUCAGAUUUCAGUGGCUAAAACUUCUCUUCUUAUGGAAAACUUGAUUAGAGUAGAACUUCUAAGUGAAUAACCCAAAUCCAGUGAUUUGAAGGCCAAGGAGAAUGUUUUCCAUAUAACCUACUUUCUUUUGGACUCUCAGUUCUUUUAAUAUGUUCUAGUAAAACAAAAUAAAAAGCAAUGAGGGAUUUUCUUAAAAUUACUCAAAAUUUCUUCUUCCAACCGUGGGCAUAAUUGGUUUAAACUUCCCUUAGAACUUGGGAGGUUUCUUAACUGUUCCCAAAUCCUUUUGCUUUGAUUUUUGAAGCCCAGGUGAUUUACCCAACUGCAAAGGAAGCUACGUAUCUAAAUAUUUUAUAAAUGCCCUCUGUAGAACUUUUGACAGUAAGAGGUAUUUAUGUCCUUCUGUGCAAUUGCAUCAGCUGUUGUAUCUGUUCUCCCCAUUGUCCUUCUAUUUUUCUAUGUCAGCGUUUCAAAACUGAUUAGAGUAGAAUGAUCCUCUUGAUCCCCUUAUGAAUUCGAAGUCUUUCUAAAGGGCAUUGGAUGAUGAGGAUUUCCUAUUUUCUGUAUUUCCUAUUUUCUGUAAUUACUGGGAUGUUUCUCCAUCUUUAAACACUCAUUAGGUUGAACUGUAUGUCAGUCUCCAUUAGCAUAUUUUGGAAUACAAAAAGUAUUCAGACACAGUGUUUGAAUAGCCUUCUCUUACUUUUUCAAGUAACAACCAGUGAGGCAAAGAAAUUUUGGUGAUCCUUGGGCUCCCAUUUUUGGUUUAGUCUGGUGACAAGUGCCAUGUCAUAAUACUCACUGGUCAGCUUUGCAGUGAAUGUGCAUGUCUGGGCAAUACUACACCAAAGUGAUUAUUAACAAAAUUCUUAAUAUCAUUUGGGAUGUAGGAGUCCAGCAUUGAAGCAAGUAUCUCAGACAGUAAUACUUAAUGUUGUAAGCUUUAAGGACACCAGAAACCUUUCUCAAAAAACAAAAACAAAAACAAAAAACAAAACAAAAAAUCCACACCAUUUCACUAAAAUAAUGAGGAUUUAGCCCAUCUAUCUCUGUUUUCCUAUACCUUUUGCUAUCAGUUCCCAAUUUAUGACAGAGAUCAAAGCAUUUUAGGGCUUGGAAUCUGGUGACAUGUAUUGCUCUGUCAAUAAUAAAAAGAUAGGAAGGAGAUGGAGGAAGGAGAUAGAAGACCUCUUACUGGCUUAUGAGUAAAACCUGUGAAAGGAGGGAGCUAAAGCCAUGAGUAGUUAUCUUUUACUGAUCAUCAUUUAUUUAUACUCAAAGAGGGAAUUCAUCACCUGAAUAGCCUCAUGCUCCUCCCUCCCCCAGUCCCACUAUAGAAAGGACCACUGUUUUGGAAAUCUCACCUAAUAUGAAGGUCAGUCCACAUGACAGAUUUGAUGGAUGGGAGUCCCCAUCCCUUUCUCCUUUUCUCCUAGCUGAGGCUGUUAUACAUACAUAACCUGCAGGUAGAAACCACUCUUAAGGGCUUCAAUCAGCAGGCAAGUACAAUGAAAUAGUUAUUGAAAAUCUCUACAAGCAAAAAAAUACUGUUCUAGUAAAAAGGAUAGUUAUUUAGGAAUGUCUUCAUAUCUUCUCAAAAACAACUUAUACAGUAAAGCAAGUCUUCUUGACAGGCCUGGCAAAAGACCUGUAAAUACAGAGAACAAACUGAGGGUUGCCAGCAGGAGGGAGGGGAGUGAGGGAUGGGCAGAAUGGGUGAAGGCAAGAGGGAGAUACAGGCCUCCAGUUAUGAAGUAAAUAAGUCAUGGGAACAAAGGCACAGGAUAAGGAGUACAGUCAAUGAUACCAUAAUAACAAUGUAACAGGCCAAAAUGGUAGCUACACUUGGGGUAAACAUAGCAUAAUGUAUUAUCUUGUCAUAUUACUUAACUUGUAUAUCUGAAAUGUAACAUGUGUCAACUAUACUCCAAGGAG